AUGGAGCCAAUUCGUCCCCCACAGAAUAUUGCCAUUAUCGGUGCUGGCAUCGCUGGUAUUGCCUGUGCAUUAGCCAUAUCCCAGGAGCUUUCUCCUUUCGUACCGAAUUUGAAAAUCACUGUCUACGAACGGCAUGAUAUACUAUCGACGUCCGGCGGUGCCAUCAAUCUGACCCCCGUCGCCCAACGACAUCUCGCUCGGUUAGGCGUGCUAGAUGAGUUGGACCGGAUGGGGACCGAGGGUGGUGCCGAUGUCGAUGCCAUUGAGCUUUUCUCCAUGCGUUCAGGUCGGGCGAUCGGCUCCAUCAAAUUCACCGACAACCAAGGAAAGGGGUUCGGCGGAUACAAGGGCCGAAGGGUCAUGCGGAUUGCUCUCUCCGUAGCCAUGUUGACCGUGGUGGAGCGGGCUCCGAAUGUGGAGAUUGUAUUCGGCAAGAAGGUGAUCGAUGGCGAGGAAUUCGAGGAUAGAGCCGUCGUACGAUUCCAGGACGGCACCGAGGCGGUGGGGGAUUUGAUCAUCGGCUGCGAUGGCGUGCACUCGGCGGUCCGGACCCGGUUUGUGGACGUCGGCCGGUCUGCUGAGUACACGGGACUGUCAUUCUUGCAAGCCACAAUUGACUCGGAUUCAAUUUCAUCGCCCGCUCACUUCCGCACAUCAUCGCUCAAUAUCUCGCGACAUGGCUCAAUGCUUGCCAGCUAUUGUGACCGUGAUUCCGAACAGAUUUUCGUUGCUGCUAUUGUUCAAUUUAGUCGGGAAGCGCUCACCCGCUAUCGACUGGAGCCCGGUCAGGAUUGGGCCACUCAGAACAAAAUCCGCUGCGCCCUCCGUGCGGAGGUAAGAGACCGUUUCGGCAAGUGUGCCAUUCCCUGUAUCAAAGAAAUUAUCGAGAGCAAAGCGGACUGGAUGCUUUAUCCCGUAUAUCAAGUUCGCCCCGGAGGACGUUGGUGCUUGAAUCGAGUUAUUUUGCUGGGCGACGCGGCACAUGCGAUGCCCCCGCGUGAUGAAUCGGCUGCGUAUGCACUAGAUGAUGCGAUCUUGUUCUCACGAAUUCUGUCAACCUAUCGUUCCGAGCCUCUGACGGAGGUUUUCGACGCAUACGAGAAACUUCGUCGCAACACAAUCAACCAUGCAUUCAAAGAAUCCCGUCGUAUGUGGGCACGAAACCGCGACAUGGGGUUCUUAGAGGGAAAAGUAAAAGAAUGGAUGAUGUCUUUCCAUCUCAGAUCCAACGAAAGUUCACGUGAGGCCGCAUGGGAGUUCGACGCAACUAAGAUUGCCCUUCCCACACCAGCACCCAGUGAAGACAUAGUUUCAUUGAGUUCAUUUUUGAGAGACCGGACUCUAUGA